UUCUCUCUUCAGAACGUUUGCUUGUUUGAAUCCCUUCUGCUAGCGCACUGAUCUUUCUUCACUUCUUACUUCUCUGUUGCUUCCUUGGAUGUAUGGUGACUUGGAUAAAAUAGGAGACCUACGCCACAAGGGCAUCAGAGUUCCUUAUUCCCUGGAUAUCUCCCUCUUUAUAACCAAAAGAAACCAGGCUUUCUGAGGAUUUCAUAGUAGGCAAGGUUUCCCGCCCAUGGCACGGAUCACUAACAAGGUUCCUUGGAACGAUAACUCUGUUAAAGGGUGCAUUUCCCCAGCCAUCGUGUUCCCCAAACCUCCAAAGAGGAACAUGCUCUCGGGGGUGAAACAGCAGCUCUACCACCCCUACCUGCCCACCCUGCGGCAAAUGGACAUGGACACAGUCUUGGGGAAACUCCCUGAGGAGCACUGCCAGACGUCCACCUUCUGUACCAAAGAUGACUUUAACAACGCACACUUCAGCUUGCUGGGUGUCCCCAACAAAAACCUGAAUGGAUUGGAAUUCACUGGGACAGGACAAAUGCUUAGAAAGAGAUUCCAAAGGGGAAAGAUGACCCCACUAGCACCCUGCAUCAACCAAAUCGACUGGCCCUGCCACAGCCGGGCCAUUGAAGACUGGACCCACUUUGUCUCUAACUCAGGAGAGUUCAAGCUUCCUCUUGUGGAUAAAAAGGCUGAGGAUUUCGAUAGCUACGCCGUGAGGUGCCUGAAGCCCGAUAUCACUCAGUGCUGGCGGUACUCUCUUAACCCAAACUCCAGUUUUUAUGAGUAUGGACAGCCACCCAUGCCUAAUGAUACCACGAACAGCUACCGAAGCUUUAGAUCUCCCUACAGACAAGUCAACCAGCUGACCCCCUGGCAUUAGCCCCCCAAGAGGAGGAAGAGGGUUUGGAGAUUUCAGCCAGCAGGACCAGGCCAUCUUAGGUCUCCAGAUCCCCAAAGAGAGAGAUGGCUCAAGUGGAACCCUUCAAUUCCUUGAGGAAUCUGGAAUCUAUAUCAAUAGUAGUAAUAAAAUAAUCAAC